AUGAGAAAGCGACAACAAGUCAUACGUGAACUAUUUAAAACACAAAGAGCUGCAUGGGACAGAACACAAGCGGCUAUAAACAAAACAUUAAAAAUCAAAUCAAAGCAACGGCAAGAAGAACAAAAUAAAUUAGACUCAUUAAUCUCGCUAAAGCUAUUACAAUUUAGCAGACAAUGGAACUCACCUCUUCACGCAAUAGCACUUUCCAAACAUCUCAAAAAAUACAAUAAUUCACUCAGUACUCUCUAUAAAUAA